AUGUCAGAAAAAGUGGAAGACCUUCGUCACAGAUUCCAGCAGCUGGGCGUCCUGUCUGACCUUGAUGAGGCCGUCGAGCUCCAUCAGGCUGCACUACAACUCCGUCCCCCGCGGCGGGGCAUCAGGUCUGACCUUGAUGAGGCCAUCGAGCUCCAUCGGGCCGCACUGCUCCUCUGCCUGCCCCUCGCGCCUCGCGUCAUGCUCUUCGAUCCGGGUCCCUCAGUAAUCUUGCGGGCAGCCUUCAUGCCAAAUGCCAGCAGCAGGGAAUCCCGUCUGAACUCCAUGACGUCAUCGGGCUCUAUCGGGCUGCACUACUCCUCCGUCCCCCCGGACAUUCUUUGCGAUCCGCUCUUCGAGACAGAUUCCAUCAGCGGGGCACUCUGUCGUGCGGUAUUCUGGACCCAGUUGGCACGUUUCCGCUCACCACUCGAUUAUCUUUCCCUGUCUAAUGACACCGGCGCAGCCUUGGCGGAAGAGUUCAAGGGGUCUAUCUCCGCAAAUCUGGCAACUGACCACGCUUGGGAGGAAGUCAUCUUACGCAUCCGCAUGCUUCCCGACUUUUCUCAAUUUCUUCUACCUCCCCUGUUCUCCGACCUACAGAAGGCGGCAGAAGGCGGUCCAGUCAUUAUAUCGUCAAUGCAAGCCAGUAUGGCUGUGACUCCUUUAUCAUCUCAUAACAAGGAAGACACUGUCCAUGUUCCGCUUGAUAUUACACGAGCCGAAGUGUACGAGCUGUCCUCCGAUUUUCAGUCACUCGCAGAGCAAUUUGGUUCAUCUGAUCAUCUACACAAACUUGUCAGCAUCGUACGCAAGCUGUGGCAUGAUAUCGUUGACCCCGUGGUCCAAGCUCUUAGAGAGUCUACUGUUCACCCUGGCUCGCGUAUCUGGUGGUGUCCCACUGCUGAGUUCACGCUGCUUCCUCAGGACCUUACGAAAAGAAGAAAGACAAUUUAUCUGACAUCUAUAUCUCCUCCUACACCCCGCCCCGACUUUGGCUACUCUCGUUCUGGGAAGGAACUUCAAUGUGUCGUUCCUGAGCUAGCCGUCCUCGCUCAACGCGUCGCGCCCAUCGUGUCCUUCACAUCACUUACCGACAGCCAUGCGACAAACAAACCAUUCGAGUCCUCCUUUGCGAUGCGUGAUGGGCCUUUAAUGAUCAAGGACAUCAUCCGAUCUCACUGGCAGAAUCCACAGUUUGCAUUCUUAUCGGCCUGCCACACUACCGUGGGCGAUAAGAAGAGUCCCGAUGAGUCGAUCCAUCUCGCUGCGGCUAUGCAAUUCUCAGGAUUUCGCAGUGUGAUUGGUUCCAUGUGGUCCGUCGACGAUGAUGUUGCGCGUCAGGUCGUGUCUGCUUUUUACGGCAACCUGGUUGAUGGCUCAGGGAGAUUGGACUGCACACGGGCUGCGGUAGCGUUGCACAAGGCUGUGAAGUCAUUGCGCAAGAAGAUUCCACUAGAACAGCAGAUCGUAUUUGUUCACAUAGGUGUCUAG